AUCAGGCCGGUGGCGGAGGUGGCGGGAGGAUAGGGGAGCAGGUGCCGGGUGGUAGGUAGGGAUGGAUUCGGUGGUGCGGGGUGGUCGAAGUUACUAUGGGGGUAUCAGGACUGUAGGAAAAAGUACGGAUAAGGAGAAGACGUACGCCGCCGGCGCGGCUGCAUUCGUACAUACUUGAAUAAUUGUGCGUGACGCCAAUUUGCUGUUAAGCUGGUGGGAGGAAGGGGGCGGAGGUCGUGAGGUGUCCGGCGUGCAGUCACGAGGUGUCCGGCGUGCAUUGAGUAGGAGUAGCCAGGUAGACUUGGCACAGAGGAGCCAGUGCUUCUCGAUUUGCAUUUUACACUUAUUCGCAUGAAAGGGCAAAAAAUUUGCUUUGGCGUGCAAAUAAGCAUGGUAGUAUUUCUUACAUAUUUGAUCCAUUUCCGGAUCCAGACAUUUUGCGCGCGAGCCAAUUUAGAAUGUCUCUCACAAGUUAGAUAGGUGCAGGUUGCGUUAUACAGGCAGUGAACUUACCAUACAUGGUUAUUGGCUGCCCGAGUGAAGGCUUGCCCGUGCGCAAGUCGGCCUUCACAUUGCUGCACAUUGUACAUAGCUGAGCCUGGCUGAGCUGCAGCUUUUCUGCGUCCUGUCCAAGGCAACUAUACUUUGUUGUUGUUUGAUAAUCCUUAAUAUUGUAUCCAAAAAAGGGUACCGGUAACAAUGCAAACCAAGCCUUGCAGCUCACGGCUUCAGCGACACUCUCAGCAACGCCACCCUGCCUUUCCUCGAAUCACAUCGCAACUCUUUCCUUUCAAUCGGAGGACAUGCUUCUCCAGGAGAGCUCCUGCUUGCCGGUUGGUAGCCAUGCCCGCAAGCCGAAAUUCGCGCCUUGCCAUCCUCGCAUUUCGCGAACCAGGCCACCGUCAACCUGACGGACAUCCCUCCAGACGUAACAUGGCCGUCAGCGAGCACGUUUCUGUGCCCGUGGAUUACUACCGUCUACUUCAGGUCCCACGCGUCAGCCGACCCGAUGCCAUCCGCAAGUCCUACGACAACCUUAUGAAACAGUCUCCAGCCACUGCCUACUCCGCUGAUACGCUAUUUGCUCGUGCGGUGCUGCUAAAGGCUGCCUCGGAGUCGCUAACCGACCCGGACCUGCGCCGAUCCUAUGAUGCCAAGCUCGCUGCCGGCCACACCGCCCUGCGAGUCAGCCAGCAGGACCUCCCUGGAGCGCUGGUGCUGCUGCAGGAGAUCGGCGAGUUCCAGCUGGUUCUCGAACUGGGUUCCCGCUGGCUUGAUCUCAAUGGAGCUCAGCCGGACGCGGGUGACGUGGCGGCGGCUGUGGCGCUGUCGUACUGCGACCGCGCCGGCGAGCGACUGCUAGCGACCGACAGCCAGGGCGCCGUCAUGCCGGCGUGUGACGACCUAGACGCGGCACUCACUCGGCUGCGGCGGUACGGCGUUGCCAAGCAGCUGCAGACGCAGAUCGUGGGGGCGUUGCGGGAUCUAGCACCCGAGUAUGCUUGCGAGCUGGCUUCCCUGCCGCUCGACUCGGAGAACGCAGCCCGGCGUGCCAAGGGAGUGGCCCUCAUGCGGGGGGUGCUCCGGGCCGCCGCCAGCGCCGCCAGAGCGGUUGCCCGCAGCGGUGGGGGCAUGGGCGCUGCUGCUCCGCAAGCUGCGGCAGGAGCAGCGGAGGGGGACAUGGCGGAUGCGGGGGGCGACCCGCAGAGCACCGUGGUGCAUGCCCGGCGCAUGUUGACACGCGCCAGCAACGUCCUGACCUGCAGCGAGCAGGUAUCCCUGCUGCCUGACGCCCUCCGCGGCAGUGGCCUCACUCCCCACCCGGACGUGUUGUACGACGGAGCGCUCGCGCACAUCGUACAGGGUUUCACACGCGGCUGGCCUCACUCGGUGCAGCAGGCGGACCGGCUGCUAGCCCAGAUGGAGCAACAGCUGCUGCUGCAGGCGCAGCAGGGCAACGCAAAGGGUUCAACUGCAGCCGAAACAGGCAAAGAACCCGUAGGAGCCGCAUCGUCAUCCCCCUCACCAUCAUCGCAGCAGGCGCAGCAAAUUGCGGAGCUUCGGGGUUCGAAUCACGCCGGCGGUGUGGCCCUGGAGCGUGCUGUGUGUGCUGUGCUGCUGGGGGACUACCGAGCGGCAGUGAGUCUGCUGGGGCUGCAGCAGCAGGCGCAGCAGCAGAAGAGGGGAGCCGCAACUGCUUCUGAUGCAGCAGCAGCAGCAGCGGAGGAGGAGGAGGAGGCAGCGGAAGCAGGCGCCUCCAGGGAGCCCUCGGAGCAUGAAAAGCUUGUGGAGUUCGUAACGAUGCACUCCCCCAACGCUGCUCAAGGCGAUCUGCGGCCCGGCCUACGUGCGCUGGCCGCCCGCUGGCUGGAGGGCGUGGCGCUGGCCAGCUUCCGAGACACUGCGGGGCAGUCCGUGGCGCCCCUGGAGCAGGCCUGGUUUGGCAACCCCCGGGUCGCUGCAUACGUGCAGGUCUGGAAGCUCAGCCGCAACGACCAAGUGCUGGCCGGUACGCACUUCCUGUGCAACCUGCUGCCAAACUUCAUGCAGUUCCUCGCAUCCCUGGCAGCAAAGGUCGCCGCAGUGUUUGUGGCCAUCGCGUCCCGGGGCAAGCGUGCUAAUGAGGGUACGGCAACCGCUGGCGGCCGUACGGCUUCCAUGGCUGGUACCCCUACUGGAUCGCGAGCGAGUAGCAGCGCUGCAAGCAUACAUGUUCCGGUAGCGCUGGAGCAAGAGCACCAGCACCAGGAGGCCUCCGUGUCAGCAGCAGGGCCCACCAACGGCGCCAUGCUAGCAGCCACACCCGUGCCUGACGCUGCAGCCGGCAUGGGACCAAGCGGUACCAGCGGCAGCAACAGCCCAGAAGCAGCUUCCCCUGCUGCGGUUGCUGCUACGGUAAGCCCGUUUGGCCACCCGUACGGAAAACCCCUGCGAGAUGCUGCGGCUGUUGAGCUCGCCACCGCAACUGUUGCGUCUAACAGCAGCGGCCUUGCACCGGCGGCAUCCACCUUUGGCGGACCCAUGGGUCGAAGCCCGCAGUCCUCACGCGGCACGAGCAGGGCGUCAACUGCCAAUGCAACCGCUUCCUCCAAACCCGGCACCAGGAGCCUCACUGAGGCAGACAGUAGCAGCGUCGUACGGCACACCGGCGAUGCGGCUGAUAUGCGCCGGCGCUUUGCCGCCAGCGCCGCCGUUGAUGCCGCCGCCUUGGCUCCACAGAAGCCCCAGCGGCUACUGGAGGUUGAGGUUGAGGGCCAGGCGAGUCAACAGCACGAACUAGCGAGUGAUGUCGAAGAGGCCAAGUUGGGCCUGGAGGACAUGGAGGAAGUCGAGGAGGAGGACGACCCCUCCGAUGUCCCGGAUGAGGAGGAGGCGGAGGAUCCCCAGGCCGAUGCGGCCCUUGCAGCGCCGCCGCGGCGAGGCAUGACGGAGCAAGACCUGCGCGCGCAUUUGGCGGGGCUGGAGGCAGCGAUGUGGGAUAGCGAGGUACCGACCCUUGGGUCGAAGCCGCAGAACGUGCUGCUGUGGGCCGCUGCACUGGUUGCCAUGCUGGCUGCUCUGGCCACGGUGCUCUUCCAGCGUCGAGACACUGCCGCCAGUGCCUCCCGCCUGACCCUGCUGAGCGCGCCCACCGCGGCAUGCUUCACCAUCUCGGCCCAGGGACCCGCGCCAGGCUCCUUCCGCAGCGCUUGCUAGGAGGGCCCCAACGGCAUUCUCGCAGGAUGAGAAUACUAAUGGUUGCUGCACUAUGCAUUGUUGGUUGUAGGGAGGGGGCGGGCGAGGAGCAGGCUGGGUAUUGGCGAGCCAGGGCGAGCCGGGGUAGCUUUGCAUGUUCGCACGAACGUCGUGGUCCGGUCAUGAUACGGUGUCGGCGUCUGGCGGGGGUUUUGCAUGUAGGAGGAUUGCUGCACCAUGAGAGGUUCGAGCGUCGAUGUUGAGGGGUAGGAUGCUGUGCAACACGCCAGGAGAGACUUCAUACAGUGGUAGGAUGCACCGGCUCAACUAUGUUACAAUGCUGUUGGUAUUCUGUUUAUGUUGGGUUAGGGCAGUGGUUGCCGCCCUCAGCGGUCCUUUCAGUUGAGUCAUGCCGCCGGACCGCAUACGGUUUUGAAACCACCGUGAUCCUAAUCGCAUGACUACAGAGACAUUGCAACUGUAAUGGA